AGAGGAAGAAGGUUAAGCGUUUCUCGUUGCCUACUCCUAUACCGAACAAGUCCGUUUCAAUUGAAAAGGUUAUCACUUUCAGACAGAAAAAGAAAGAAACUUUACUUUCUCUUUAAGUUAUCUGUGUGUUCUGGGAAUUGAGCAGUUUUUUUUUAAACAGGGUCGUGGAACACCACUCAGAGAGAUUCCAAAUGGUAUGUAUGUUUGUUUACAUUUAUUUACCAUUAAUAAGUAUGGCUGAUGAUGUUGGCCUGUUUCAGUGGCUUUUCAACUAUCCAAGAGAAAAGCUGACGACAACCUCAUCUUACUACACACCAUUCUCUAUGGGAAGAAAGCAAAGGUGCUUUUUAAAAUGUUUGACCACAUUUUGUAAACUAUUACGGAUGUUAUCUUUCACAUUUUUCAUUGCUUAUUUUGUCCAGAGCGCAUGUCUCAUUGACGAGUUUUGUUUGUAAAUUGCUCUCUGCAGGCACAGAUGAUUAAGAAAAACAUUGGUCAGUUUUCUGGCUUUGUAUGGUCACAGAAAGAGGAGGAGGAGGAGAAGCAAAGAGGACGAGUCAAAGAGAAACUUGACAAAUGCAUAAAAGAAAAAAGAAGAAGUAGCUGUCAAAGUGCUUGAGUUUUUGGAAUCUCCCAAAGCAACAAGAGAUGUCGUCAUACUUGCUGAUCAAGAAAAUGUAUUUUUUUUUUAAUUAGUACCUUACUGCUCUACAUGUUUAUCGUCAGUAUGUGAUGUGAGUAUACUUUUACGAAGCCAAAAUGCGCAAGAGCACACAGAAAAGGAGGAAAUCUAGAGAAUCCUCAGAUACCCCAGCCAAGAGGAAAAGGCAAACUAAAAAGCGAGACCAUCCAUAUGACAAAGAUGAAGAGGAUUCUGAUUCUGAAGGCGCUAAGGAAACUCACGAGGAAGAUGAUGCAGCGCCAGAAGAAGAAGAUAGUGACGACCAUGAGAAAACUGAAACUGAAGAUGAGAGAGACGAAGCAGAAGAUGAGAAGCCAUCUGAUAAGAAAGCCUCAUCUAAAAAGAUUGAAGCAGAGACCAAAGCUAAAGAAAAACAAGCUUCUACAAAAAUUUCUAAAAAGUCUGGUGAAAAGUCCUCCAAAAGAGUUGCAAAGCCAGCUUCAUCCCCAGCUAAGAAGCAAAAAGUUGAUCAUGAUUAUUAGUCUUCUAAAGAGAAAAGCAAGAAACAGUUGAUUAAGCCACAAAUCAAGGGAUCUAAAGAGAAAGGCAAUAUUGGCAAUAUUUCUAUAAUUAUUUUU